CUCAACAUCAUCUCCCACAAUGCCAACGACUGCAUCGAAGGAACCACGAACAGUAUCGCCGUCCACGACUCAGGUUCCAGCUCUGAACAUCACACUUACGCUUUCUUCAACGCCAACUCUUGCUCCGACUACUACAGCAGGUACAAACGUAUCUGUGAGAACAACAAGUUCCGCCGGAGUACCGUCAACGACCGUACCAUCAUCGUCGUUGCUUCCAACGACAACUGUGACUGCAAGAGUAUCCUCUGAAACAGUCAAACCGACGACAGAAACGAUAGCGCCCAGCACCAAGCCAGCAGGAACCGUAUCAUCUACUAUGCUUCCUGUGGUGACAGCUGCCGUAACAACUGCACUGUCAACGACGGUACGUCUAACUACCAUGACGCCCACAACAGAAUCUCCGAAUACAACAAUGAUGCCUACGACAAGCACGCGUCAGACCACAAGGAAACCAACAACUGCUGCACCUGUUACAACGUCUGUGCUUCUUACAACAACGGCUCUCACACUUGAUACUACACUACGAACAACUAGUGCCGAACCAACAACAACGACUGUGAUGCCUGAUACGACGUUACCUUCAACAACUCUACCACCUACGACACCAUCCGCAACUCCUCAUACAAUACCACCAACAACUUUGACUCCUGGUACAACAUCUGAGACUCCUACAACACUACAUAUGACGACUUAUACGACAACGUCACCACCAUCAACAGCGCCCAUAACAACUGUACGGGUCGCGACACCACCUGCAGCUCUUGACACAACGACUCCACCAGGUACUCUGACACUUGAUACAUCUGUGUUUCAUUCGACAACCACUAUGACAUCUGACCAGACCACGUCACCAUCAACAUCACCUGUAACGACUGUACCUCCCACAACAACAACUGCAAUUCCUGCUACAAAACCAGCAAUAACUCAGGUGCCUAGUACAACAUCGGUGCUUCCUACGACAACGACUAUUGCAUCUUACACCACAAUGUCGCCAUCAACAGCACCUAUAACAACUGUACCGCCCGCAACAAGCGCGGCUACUGAGACGACAACGCCACCAACGACUUUGGCUCCUGAUACACCAUUUGUGCCUCGUACAAUAACAACUAUGACAUCUAACACGACAACGUCACCAUCAACAGUGUCUGUAACAACUGUGCCAUUCACAACAACAUCUCUGACGCCUGAAACGACGGCACCACGGACAACAAUGCAGUCAACAACUGUACCACCCACAACGACCACUGCAACUCCUGGUACAGGACGAACAACUCCGGUGCCUAGUACAACGUCUGCGCCUCCCGCCACAACGACUACGGCAUCUGACACGACAAUGUCACCAUCAGCAGCGCCUACAACAACUGUACCGCCCGCACCAAGUACGGCUGCUGAAACGACAAUGCCACCAGCAACUUUGACUCCUGGUACAAGAUUUGUGUUUCCUACAACAAAGGCCAUGAUAUCUAACACGACAACGUCACCAUCAACAGCGUCUGUAACAACUGUACCGUUCACAACAACAACUGUGACGCCUGAAGCGACGGCGCCACGAACAACGACGCUGCCGACAACUGUACCACCAUCUACAGAAACGUCUGACACCACGUUGCCGCCGACAAGUGUGCCAUCGACGACAUCAAUGGCAUCUGUUCCUCCGACGACGAACACCGAGAGAGCUACUACACCCACACGGCUUACAACCGAGGUAUCAAGGACAUCAAUAACGCCAACUACAGCACCUCCUACAACACAAGGCACACUCCCAGCGACAACAUUAUCGGUCACUACGGAAGCAGUGACCGCAUCCUCGACAGAAGCGACCCCACUUUCAACUCUCCCAACAAGACUUUCUUCAAGAACAAUGCCGGCGCCGGAUUCUAGGCGCACUACUCUACCACCCCAAACUGCAUCAACCUGGCCGUUCUGGACAACGACUCGUUCAAGCAGUUCCUCUCAUACGGAGCGGUCUUCCUUCACAGUUCCUAAAGUAACAGAAACGACCACGGUGGCUUUUACUACGACAAUCAGGACAGAUCUUUCAACACCCACAAGAACUAACUGGACCACAGUGACACAUUCUUCACCGAGUCCAGUCACUUCUACUCGAAUGUAUAUCCCACCGGCGCCACCUUCUGCAACAACUACAACCGUUAUUCCGACAACUACCAGGUGGACGUGCCCGCCGUGUCAGACAACAUUGUGUCAACCCACCUCCCAUGUACCUCAUCGGACUCCGAUAUACGUAAGGCCCUCACCGCCAGGCCCUGCCUUUGAGUUUCCACCGCCCAAGAAAAACUUGUCACCAGUUUACGUCAGGCCCACGCUACCUUCUGUUUCUGGAAUUUCAAGUACAGGAGGAGGGCAUUUUCCAAGGUACACCCCGCCGUACAUACGCCCGACACUGAAGCCACGUUACGAUGAUCCAUUUCCCGACGUUGGGCCCGCUUUACCACCGAAGGGAAAGCCACCGUCAAAAAUGUUUCCACCGUACGUGAGACCCGCAUUUCCGUUUGGCGUCUUCGACGACGAAAGAGCAGAUGAGCCGUUCAAGCAAGCACUGGAAGAAGCUGAAGAUGUUCCUUUUCCAGAUACCUAUAGCUUCAAUGAAGUUGUCUAUCCCGACAUCUGUGACACAGAAUGUCCUGAUGUCAUGCACGUCAACAUCGUGACGAGGAUUCCGGAUAUCGACGACGAAGUUAGGAUAUGGUGAAAGUGUAAGAUCAAGGACACUGUGUUGGAAAAGGAGAAGAAUCUAACGUCAUCCUUCACUGCGUUCUCUCAAGCUGAGCGGAUAUUGCGUCUGCUCUGGCAACACACGCACGGGCACUUAGCUGUCCUAGCGCAACCACAAGGAUAGUACUGUCUCUACUGGCCAAUUCGGGUGGUCAUUUCGUAC